CAUUUUUCUGCCACUCGUUAUUUUGCCUGGCUGCCUUGUUCAGGAUGGACAGGAAAGAGUGUUGUGUGAAGCUGUCGGUCCAGCCAUCCAGAGGGCUUGUGGAUGAGAAGUUUAUCAUCUUGGUCCAGAAUGCCUUUCCUGGUUACCAGCUGACCAUCCAGGCCCUCCACACCUGUGACCAUGGAAACAGCUGGCAGGCGUUUGCUCACUACACCACCAGUGAUACUGGGACUGUUAAUGUUUCAGAGGAUCCCAGUCUGGGCGGGACAUAUUCUGGAGUUGAACCAAUGGGUCUACUCUGGAGCCUCAGACCAGUUUCAGGUAGCAAACCUGGGCUCCGGAUGAGGAAGAUCAAUGUCCAGACUCCCAUGGUGGUCAAAAUCUCUGUGUACCAGGGUCAUCAGACUGAGGGCUUGGUGGAUCAGGUGCCACUGGCUGGUGUGGUGGUGGAGCGCUGGUACAUGGCACCUGGUGUCCGCAGGAUCCAGAUCACAGAGGAAAGACUCACUGCGACCCUUUUCCUCCCCUCAGGACCGGGACCUUUCCCCGGCGUCCUGGACCUGUGUGGGGCUGGAGGGAAGUUGGAGGAGUACCGCGCAGCACUGCUGGCCUCCCACGGCUUUGCUGCCAUGGCCCUCGACUAUCUGACACCUAAAGUGGUCAUGGAAACUGGGAAGAUGGUGGACGACACAUACUUUGAGAAGGCCUAUGGAGUCCUGGAGCGGCAUCCUCAGAUCCUCAGCAGCAGGAUCGCCAUGUUGGGUCUUUCCUUUGGCGCCUCUGUCACCCUCAGAAUGGCUGUUUACUCCAAAGUUAUGAAGCUCAGGUGUGCAGUGUGUAUUAGUGGGAUCCAUGUGCAACCGGUUGAUCGACCUGUGAUGCAAAUAUCAAGAUACUUCAAUCAAGUUGAUCCAAAGACUCCGGUCACCAAGGAGAACCACGUAAUCUGGCGAAAUUGGGCCCUGCCCAUCACCACAGACCCCUCACUCAAAGUGGAUGUGGGAAGACUCCAGUGUCCUCUGUUGCUGGUUGUAGGUGAGGACGAUCAGAGCAUGGCCAAAGAAUCUGCACUGGAUAUGAAGGAGAUGAUGGAGCGGGCCGGGAACAGUCACCUGCUGACUGUCCUGUCGUACCCAAACACCGGUCACCUGAUUGAACCUCCGUUCACGCCGUUUGCCCGAUUCAGCAACUUACCUUCAGCUCAAUCAUCUGGGAGGAUGAUGCUUCUGUUGGAUGGAGAGGUGGUGGCACAUUCUCGUGCUCAUGAAGACGCCUGGAGGAAGAUGCUGAACUUUCUGAAGGAGAAUUUGUAUGGCGGCACAGAUUCCCACUCAAGAUUAUAGAUGUUAAGUUCAGGUGCCUCUGGUUUAGGAAGUAUAAGCACCAUUGAUUUUCCGCAUAAAUAAUUUGAAAUUACUUAAAAUUUGUUUAACAUUAGCUUAGGACACACUACCAUGAUAUCACAAUAAGUCAUACAUAGUACCACACCCUUCUCUCCUCUCACCUAACAAUAGUACAUAACUAACAUUUUUCUCACUAACCCUGAAGAUGAAAUGUGUAGCUAUUGUUCCACCAUGUCAUUACAGUUGUGUGUAUCGGGAUGUUGUUUUAACUACUGUCCUUGCUUAUCCAAGAUAGAUAGCCAAUAACUGCCCAGACAUUACAAACUGAAUGAACUGACAAAUGAACUGUCAGCUGUGGAUUACUUGUUGUUAGCUCGCAGAAUCACACGUCCAGCUGACCAUCCAGGCCCUCCACACCUGUGAACAUGGACACAGCUGGGAGGCGUUUGCUCACUACACCGCCAAUGAUACCGGGACUGUAAACGGUAAUUCAGGAAAAUGAAUGUAAAAAUGUAUGCAUUGUGAAUUUGUGAACAACAGAAAAAAAACAUAUUUUGUUAAGAAACUAUGGAAUUGCAUGAACAGAAAUAGACUGAGAAAGUAUUUGUGUGUAAUUGGCUGUUUUGGUUUCAUGAGGAUUCUUUUUUUUUUUUAAGUAUUUGCACAGGGUUAAUAUUUACACGAGCAGUUGACAAUUUCAGGCCAUGAUGUUGAUAACAAGCAGAAUUGGCUUCAAUGCAGGACUUUCCUGGAAUUUCCUUUAGUGGUGUGUAUCCUGUUUACUAAGGUUAGUAACUGUAUCAAAAUGUUCCACAAAAACAGACUUUUUUCCACUGUAUAUAAGAACUGGUUGACCACUAUAAUGAAGCUCAAAUAAUACUUUGGCUCAAUGCAGGACUUUGAACAUUUCCUUUAGUGGUGUGUAUUCUGUUUACUAAGGUAAAGAAUAAAAGUACUUUCUCCACAACUGUAUCAAAAUGUUGCACAAAAACAGACCUUGUCCACUGUAUAUAAGAACUGGUUGACCACUUUAAUGAAGCUCAAAUAAUCAAGACAACAUUUGUUACAACCACAAUACUCGUGCAUCCAUGUAGAAGAGAAAAGUGGCAAAAUGUUUCACUGUUGAAUGGCAAUUUUACCAAUUCUUAGCUGUAGUAAAAAAUAAAUGUGUAAAACAGGAGUUGGCCUUUGCCGACUUCAAACAUAAAUAAUAAAAAUUUCAAGCAUUUUG